GAGACACGGAUGUAAGGAGGAAUGGCGACGGUCGAGGGGAAGAGGAGGUUUGUGUAUGAAAACUGGAUCGACCAUACAGCACCAGGAUUAUAGGUAGUGAAAAAAACACAGACCUACUCUGUCUUCCAGACUUCAGGCCAACUGCCAGUGGAGUCCGGCUGCCCAAAUGGAGUCUGGCGUGGCAGUGACCUCACCUCCUGCAUCGGUGGUUGCCCCUACACCCCCCAACCUUUGCUCAAAGCAGAGAGAGAGUAGCAAGAAGACUGCUACCAGCACCACCCCCUCCUUUCUGUCCAAUCUGGGCAAGCCCACUCUACGAGGGAUCAGGAAGUGUCCCCAGUGUGGCGUUUUCAACGGCACCCGUGGGCUCAGCUGCAAGAACAAGGCUUGUGGAAUUGUCUUCAGAGAUGGGGGGGCUGUGGGGGGAGGCAGAGGGGCCAAGAGAGGGGCGAUGGAGGUGGUGCGGGUGGUGAUUGACGGAGGAGGGGAAGAUGAAGGAAGAGGUGGUGAAUCCUCAGGUGGAGGUGCGCAGGUGUUCUCUGUCUGUCAGCGAGUGAGAGGGGUGGGAGCGGCUGCAACACAGCGGGGGUUCAUAGAGCUUGUCCCCACUGAUACGGCCAUUGCCACGAGUGAAGGGGCGACUCUGCUGACCCGGGUCAACAUGGGCCGCUGCUUCCUGCCCACCUGCCGCCAUGCCAACGGUCAAAGGUCAGGCCAGAGCCAGUCACAGCAGGCAGCUGUUCUGACCAACCCCCCCUCCAAGCCUGGCUUGUCUAACUCCGUCACUCCCUGUGUCCACGUGAAGCAGGCCAUGGAGUGCCAGGCGCAGGCCACCCCUCUCCCCCUGAAGAGCUCUAUCCUGGAGGGGCUUCAGGCCUCAGCCGAGGCCAGGGAAGAGCUCUGGAGGUUGGCUACUGAGUCCCCGGGACCCCUGGUUCAGCGGGUGAACAAAGAUACUCUGGUGGUGAAAUGUCACAGUGGACCAAGUCAUCCUCUGGGGCUGCUGCACCUAACUGUAGGCACGGGGGGGUCUGCUGCUGGGGGGAAGGGGAAGGGGAAGGGGAAGGUCAGAGAGGGGGCUGUGUUUCAGUGUUCCUGUCAGGGGGGUGUCAGAGGAGGUACGGCAGAGGGAAGAGUGGCCGUGGAAACCUCCCAGAAUGGGGAUGGGGAGGUGAGAGGGUCCUCAGGUGUUGUCUCCUCUGGUGUCUUACCUGACUCCACCUCUCGGCCUGGUGCUGAUGCUGGCCCUGCAGCUCCAUACCUCUGCCUCCACUUCUAUGCCUGUGUUUGCGCCUUCACCAGCGAUGAGAAACUGGCCUCAGAGUUCACAGGUUUCCUCAACUACAGCUCCAAUGGUAUACAACAGAAUGCUGACUGCACAGUCCUCUGUGGCUCCAGCCCACCUCAGCUGCCUGAACCAAUCACCGCUCACAAAACCAAGAGACUCCGUCUGGAAGAGCACCUCAUUGGGAACAGCCAGCCUGUGGAUGAGAGCCUGGUGACCCUGGGCUUCCAGCAGUGGCUAGCCAGCGUUACAGAGAGGAUCCACCUGACCAUGCACUACCAGUUUGAUGGUAAGCCGGAGCCUCUGGUGUUCCACAUCCCCCAUGUGUUCUUCAACGCCCUGCAGUAUCGUCUGUCCCUGGGCUCCAAGAAGAGACGGCUGCCCAAUGCUACCUCAGCGUUUGUGAGGAAUGAUGAUCUGCACCAUGGCUCCUUCCCCAAGUACACCUGGCACAUCACCAACCUGAUGCAGGUGAAACGCAUCUUCGACACCCCAGAGCUGCCCCUGGAGUUGACCCAGAGUUUUGUGAAGAACAGUGAUGGUUCCUUCUCUCCGUUCCGCUGUCCCGAGCCUCUUCAUACUGACCCCACUGAGGGCUACAGCCGGACGGACAGAUCCCAGGCCAUACGACCCCUGGAGCUACGCACCUUUCUCCAAGUCGGACUGUGUACAGCGGAUCAGAAGGAUCCCACACCCUUUGUGAUCGAGUGGAUCCCAGACGUCCUGCCUCGCUGUCGCGUCGGAGAGCUCCGCAUCCGCUUCCAGUAUGGUCACCAGCACGGAGGACAGACGGAAUACUUCGAUGGAACGCCGAGACGCACCGGAGCGGGAGGAGGGACAGAGAGGGGGGGUUGCAAGUCAUCAUCAGAGACCUCCCUUUCCAAAUAAAAAGUUCCACAGGCAUCUGUCCCAUGAGGCAGGGUAGCCUAGUGGUUAGAGCGUUGGGCUAGUAACCGCAAGGUUGCAAGUUCAAAUCCCCGAGCUGCCAAGGUACAAAUCUGAAAUUCUGCCCCUGAACAAGGCAGUUAACCCACUGUUCCUAGGCCGUCAUUGAAAAUAAGAAUUUGUUCUUAACUGACUUGCCUAGUUAAAUUAAGGUCAAAUUAAAAAACUGGAGGAUCUGUUAGUUAAUAGUUCUGUGAAUUAUGAAAGUCUAGAGCAUUGUUUUUAGAAAGAGGGAGAUGAGGGGGGCUAUUUUUUAGAGAGAGAAAUGAGGGGGAAACAUUUUGAGAGAAGGAAAGAAGAGAUGUGAAAGAGUGCUGCUGAUGGCCAAGAAUUGUAUUUUUUACAUCACUGUUUGUACACUCUUCUCCCAAAGUUACCCUAUGUCCCUUCCAUUGCAGCUAACAUGGAUUUGUGUUAAUUCAUGCUAUUACAUGACUUCUAUGUAUCAAAUCGCAGUUGCUUGAUAACAUUAGCUACUCUACAGAGAAGUAGCAUCUGAAUGUAAUAUCAAGUCAUUGAGAUAAUCAAAUGACAAACGUGUGCGAGGCUUAUGUGUGUAUCUGAAGGGUUGUAAAUGAAUGACAUCUGAUUGAUUACCCUUUGCGCGUGUGUGUGCAUUUAUAAGUGGUGUAUAAUGAAUAAGAACUUUCUGGUGUGUAGCGAUCUAAUUCACUGUCGAGUAGAAUAUUUACGUUUGUGCCCGUAGUUACAGAAUAACCUAAUGGUUUGUUGUCUUUUUGUUUGUUUGUAGUGUUGAUUAAUAAAUUCAUUGACCUUGA